AAUAAUAAUAAUAAUUAAUAUUAUUAUUAUUAUUAUAUCUAAAUAUUGAGAAUUCUCCUAGAAUAAGCCUUCCGGUGCAGCUCUUCGUUUUCAUCCAGAAACCCUAGAAAUUCAUCCUCUUCUGAAAUUGGCUGAUUUUCUUUUUUCCUGAAUUAUUGGUAAGAUUGCAUGGAACUUGAGUGAAAAUACUUUGAACAAAGAAGAGAAGAUGUCAGGAUCUGAAACUGGACUUUUAACGAGUAGAGAGCCCUUCAGUAUUGGUCUGCAGAAGGGUCCGGUGGCGUCACAGCCGAUGUUACAGAACAUGAGAAUGCCUUUUGCUGCUGCAGAUGGGACAGGAGUGUACAAGCCCAUUGCAGCUACCUCACCCUCUUACCAAUCCUCUGCCGGCCCCGGCGCCGGAGGAGGAGGAGGAGCUGUGGUCUCGGGUGAUGGUUCAGCCGGCGGCGGUAUAGUGUCUCCUGGUGGUGGUGGUGGUGGUUCUGGGCUCAAUAUGAACAACAUGGGUAGUGGUGGUGAGACAAUGAAAAGGAAAAGAGGGAGACCCAGAAAGUAUGGCCCAGAUGGCACUAUGGCAUUGGCGCUGUCCCCUCCGCCACCUUCUGUGGUGGUGAAUCAGUCCGGUGGUGGCGGAUUUUCUUCUCCUCAUACAGCGGCGGCGGCUGCUCCUCCCUCGGAUGGUGGCUCGGCCGGUGGUCCCGGUUCUCCCUCGUCCAUGAAAAAAGCUAGAGGUAGACCGCCAGGUUCUACCAAAAAGCAACAAUCGGAUACCAUGGGGUCAGCUGGGUUCGGAUUCACACCACAUGUUAUCACAGUCAAAGCCGGAGAGGAUGUGUCUUCAAAAAUAAUGUCAUUUUCUCAGCAUGGUCCGAGGGCUGUGUGCAUUCUCUCGGCCAAUGGAGCCAUAUCUAAUGUCACCCUUCGCCAGCCAGCCACAUCUGGUGGAACCGUUACAUAUGAGGGGCGAUUUGAAAUUCUGUCACUCUCUGGUUCGUUUCUUUUAUCCGAAAAUGGUGGACAGAGAAGUCGAACAGGGGGGCUGAGCGUCUCGUUGUCUGGUCCGGAUGGUCGUGUUUUAGGUGGUGGUGUGGCUGGCCUUCUCAUGGCUGCUUCUCCUGUUCAGGUGGUUGUAGGGAGUUUUGUCUCAGAUGGCCGUAAAGAAUCAAAGUCAGCCAACCGGGUGGAGCCAUUGUCCGUCUCACAGAACCUUGGCACUGGGGGCGGACCAACUGGGCCCGGCAGCCCAGCAUCGCGUGGCACUCUAAGUGAAUCUUCAGGGGGGCCAGGUAGCCCACUUAACCAUAGUACAGGAGCCUGCAAUAACAACAACCAACCACUAGGCAUGAGUAGCAUGCCAUGGAAGUGAAAAAUCCUUUUCCCCCAAAUAAUUUGUUUGUUUGUGUAGUAUCAGUAAUAGUAGUAGUGUCAUGUUAGGAGGCAUUUAAAAUAUCUGUUUGAAGUCCCAUCUCAUCAAUUUCGUUGUAAGUUUGGUAGAAUAAGGCUCAGGCAGGCUUGACUUUCCUUUUGGCUUUUGCCAGCGUAGAGUGGUGUGUUGGCUAGAGUUAGGUAGUAGCGAGAGUAGUGACUAGUGUUGUGUUCAAUAGAAGAAAUUAGGUGAAAGCCAGUGGUAGGUUAGGUGUUAAGAUAAUGAUGUCUCUAGUUAUCUCAUGGUAAUUUGUUGUUAUUAUUGUUGGCUUGUUGCCUCCAUCACACCCUAUGUUGUUAUCAAUGGUUAAUCUCAUCAAAUUUAUUCUAA